UGAACACAGCAGCCACACAGCAAGACAAGACACUGAAGAGGAUCAGUGUGUGGAAUUAAAAAGCUAUCCCACAGACAUGUUUAUAAAAACCCUUCAAGCGAAAAGCAGCUUGUCACUCUUAUUGUAGACUCUUUCUUGAGGGCGGCUCGGCUCGGGGUUUUUUUUUAGUGCUCAUUUGUUCGUGAUCUCUCCUUCAAACUCUUGGCUAAGUUGUGUGAGCUCAUGUUAGCUCGAUAGUACCAGCGUUCACCCGGGCUGAGGCUGGGGCGCAGCAGCAGCAGCAGCAGCAGCAGCAGCAGCGGAGCCGCACAGCCGACGAUCAUUUCCGACAGCUCCGUAUGGAUUUGACGUCGGCGUCUCCUUGAUGUUUUACAAAGGGCCGAUUACAGGUGAUUUCGAGGAUGGGGGAACCUUGUGACCUUAAGCACUUCAUAAAGUGUGGCGUCACUUUGGAGGGCUCAUUUCUCUGAUUGGGAUUAGUCUUGGCCAGCAGCCUCUUCAGACCUUCUAAUCCUAGACGAGUUUCUCAAUGGACACUCUUCUCAAGUCAGAAAUCAGAGAGGAGGGGAGUGGUGCCUCGGUGAAGGUAGAGGGCCUAUCCAAGGCAGCUCUAAUCAAAAGUCUGUCUCCCAGAGUCAUGCUAUCCAACCAUCUCCUAACUAGAGGGGCCAAGAUGAAGGUCAACCUAGAGGAUCAGGGUCGUCAGAAAGUGUCCUUCAGCCUUGCACAGACCAAGAAGCCACUGCAGAGCCCUUUCUUCAUCCCUGCCAGCCCCGAGAAGUCACUCACUGAACCUCACCCUGCCUUGUCACAGUCAACCUCAGACAAAGCAGGGCAAAAUACGGACAGUAAAACUGAGCAAAAGCUGACACCAAUGGUGCCAAUAUCAACAGCAGAGACACAUUCUCAAACAUCAGUCUCCCCAGCCACUAAACUGAAAACGGACAUGGCAAAGAUGCAUUUCAAGAAGCAAAUUCUCAGUGUCUCUGUGACUGAAGACAAACCAACAUCUGUUGUGCCAGGGGAACCACACUCCUCUGAACUGCAGAUUCUGCCGAAAUCAGAAAGUAAGAGUGCAACUGAAUUCCCAACACCCCUGCCUCAGAGCGUCGUCAGUGUCAGUCCCUCUGAGAAUGCUCAUAUCGAAGCCUCUGAGACAAGGGUAACUCCUACCCACAAGAAGCCGGCUGCUUCCUCAGGAAAAGAUGGAGAGAGUUCCAGCAGUGCUGAGCAGGACAGUAAGGAAUACAGAAAUAAAAGCAGGUCCCACUCUGAAAGUGCUCCCCCUGGCUCAGAAUCUGAUGGAGAUUCAGUACAGUUGUCUUCCAGUCGAAAAUCAGUUGACUCCAAAAGUAAAACAAACUCUGACAGCAGAAUCAAAGAGGUAAAAAAGUCUUCCUCUGGUUCACAUGCGGAGGAAAAGGAAAAAAGUUCCUCUAAACGGUCAGAGAAUCAUGAAAGGUCUUCUAGUUACUCCAAAACAGACCGCGAUUCUCGACAUACAUCUUCACGCUCAUCUCGAUCAGACAAAGAUCGCAGAAGGACCAGGUCUAGAUCACGAUCUAGAUCAAGAGGGUCUCGAACAAGUUCAUCUCACUCCAGAACAGAGAGAUCCCGAGGUGACAGAGGUUCACGUUCUGAAAGGUCAUACUAUCACGAUUCUGAACGGAGAUCACACAGGAGUUCUCCACGCAGAGAGAGAAGACGUUCUCGUUCUCGCACUGAUAGAACUCGGGACAGUUCUGACUCAGAGGAUGAUCACAGGAAGACAAGGACAAGGACAAGUGACUCCAGUAGAUCGUCUGCACAUUCAAGCUCACAUAAAGAGUUAAAAUCAUCUUCCUACUCAAAAUCUGAGAAAUCCUCCAAAUCUGCAGAUUCUCCUCACUCCUCAGAAUUGGAUAGAAGGACACAAUCGUCAAAGUCUGAAAGGACGUCAAAGCAACUGUCAGACUCUGAUUCCCAGCGCAAGUGCUCUCCUGAUCCGGACUCCAGUUACCGUAAAUCUAGCUCCCACCACAAAUCAGAGACCAGCAGCAAAUCCUCUUCUUCCAGUAUGCAUACCCACUCUCAGACAUAUGAAAAACGGCAGAAAAGCAGCUCUAGUGACUCUGACGCAGAUCAUAAAGGAAAAUCACAGGCUUCUGAUAGAAGCUGUGGAUCGGAGGAGAACUUUAAAAACUCCCAAAAGAAAACCAAUAGGUCAGAUUCGAGGCAGAUGACCCCUUCUCGAUCCUCUGUGAAAACGAGCGGACAUGAUAGACAAUCAAAUGACAUAUUUCACAGCCCUGGCAAAGCACCACCAUAUGCAAACACCACAGAAUUAUGUUCUCCGAGUGAAAAAGAAAAAUCUGGUGGAAAUGCACAUAGUAAUCAGGAUUUUAAGGAGAUGGUCUCAUGCACCGCUAAGAGUUUGCAAGAAUCUUCAUCAAAUAGAAAAGAAACAAAAUCAGGUCAUGAGGUUGAGAAUGAAAAUGCCUCAGCUUUACCCUCAAGUGAAAGCCUAAAGCAUGUAAAUGCCGCCCUGGAAAACUUGACAAACGUGAAGGAUAGCCUUUCUUCUAAUAACCGAACACAUGUGAACUUAAAUGCAGCUGUUUUAAAUUCAUGCAGUAGUAAUGAUACAAUAAUGUGCAUCCCGGACAAGAAAAUUAUUCACUGUUCACCAGGGCAAAGGUCCUUACUUGAUACAGCAGAUGUACCUGUCACACAUGAUGUCCAGCAGAACACUAAACCAGAGAUUGUUGAGCUGAAUAUAGUUUCAACAAUCGACAAGCAGGUUGACACAAGUGUGCCACUCAGAUCUGACUCAUCUUGUCUUGAAUCUGAGAAUCAGCUGACACUUGAACAACAAAAUACUGAUACUGUUAAAAAGAGUAGCAGUACAACCAAAAAGUCCAGAUGGGAUAUUGUUGGGCAGGACGCCGCAGAGAGUGAUAAUUCACAGAGGACACUAUGUGCAGAGACUAAGCUGACUGUUAAAAAAGUGAUCUCUGUGAAAAAAAUUGAAUUUUCUAAAGAAAACAGCCAACAAGACUCUGACAUUAAAGAUACUCUUCAGCAAGAAGCUGAAACACAUUCCACACUGGUGAAGCAGAUUGAGAUCUCAAAGCAGGAAGUCGGCUCAGAUAGCACACCCAUGACCGAUAAAUACAAAGACCAAAGUGAGCCUUCACAUGAAAGCACCAGCAUUGACCACUGUGACUUAAAACUAAGUGUUUCUCAAAAAACAAACACAGGUGACCCUCUGCACAUAAACGAUCGCACAUCACAGGUUGACAUGGCUGCAGACAUGCAGAGUUGGAAUGGUGACGAUCACGAAGAGAAAUCCAAGGGCAGCGACACUCACAAGAGCAAAUUGAGUAAGAGAACAGCACUAAAUCCAGAAGCAUUAGGAGGGCAGAGCGAGGCCAGUGAUAGUGACAACUCAGAGUAUGACUCUGAUUGCGGCGAGGCUAUAAAACGAUUGCACUCUGUGGUGGUGGUGCCAAAGAAUUCUUCCCUAACAAUGGAUACACAGAACUCAGGAGCGUCCCCGUGUGCUCCAGUGAAAAGUUCAGAACUGCAGAAUGCUAAUAUAGCAGCUGCUUUUGUGGAAACCAGUGGACCAUGUGCUGGCGUAUAUGAUUCAUCUAAUAGCAGCAUGUUAUGCCAGUCCCAGAGUAAUAUGAUUGAUAGCACCAGUCACUCAGAGGGUUCCAGCUCCAUCCGUGCCCAGCCUUACAUGCCUGGUCUUGUCAAUGCCCAUGCAAGUGCCACAGAUCCUGCCCACAGCCUUGAUAAUUCCAGACAGUGUGAGCAAGGGCACAAACAGCAUAAUGUAAGCAGCAGAGGUGACAGUAUGUACUCUCAUUACCAACCCAAUGAUUUCUCCAGUGCUGACAACAUCAGUGACAAGAAUGGAUUCAACCUCAGUUGGGAUUUUUCGCAACUAGAACAGCCCAGUAGUACUUACCAGCAGCCUGAUAGCAGUCAUGGGCCACAGUUACCGAACACUAAACUGACAGGAACCUCUCCCAAGGUGCAGGAGCACAUGCAGAUUAAUGCAUCCUGGAACCACCAAUCCUCUACCAUGCAGACUAACCGAAAUACCUACCUCCAUGUGCAUGAACAUUAUCAGGAUCCUGCAGGUGAAAUCCAUCCAGACUCCCUAACCAAUGACCACGAUGACUACAGUGGAGAUAAACCAUUUAAUCUUAAAACUGCUGUUGAUUGCCGUGGACUCAACACUGCUGGGUCAUCAAGCUUUGUACAAGGGCAUGAAAUAAGCAGCAACAGCAGGGGCUCCACUGUGCCUGACCCCCCUAGAGAUGACAGUUUUAGGCCCCACAGAGGCCGGGGUCCUCCCAAGAAAAGGCGUCCAGAGAUCGAGUCUGAUUCAGACAAUGAGGCAGAAGCUGGGCCUGCAGGCAAGAGGGAGCGUCUAGGAGAAACUGACAUCUCCAAGGAGAGUCAUGUCAAAGCCGAGGUACAACGUCCAUCGCUCGCUCUGCGAGACUUUCAGGAUGCCAAUAAAUGGAAAGAGUUGUCCAAGUCUAAGAAGAUGCCCCCUUACUUUGACUUGAUUGAGGAGAACCUGUACCUGACAGAGAGAAAGAAGAGCAAAUCUCAUCGAGAUAUAAAAAGAAUGCAAUGUGAGUGUCCAGUGCUGCCCAGAGAGGAGCGUUCAAGGGGAGUGUUAGCAUGCGGCGAAGACUGUUUAAACCGGUUGCUGAUGAUUGAGUGCUCCUCACGGUGCCUGAAUGGGGUCUACUGCUCUAAUCGACGCUUUCAGAUGAAGCAACAUGCAGACUUCGAUGUUAUCCUUACAGAAGACAAGGGCUGGGGACUACGGGCAGCUAAAGACUUGUCUUCAAACACAUUUGUGCUGGAAUACUGCGGUGAGGUAUUGGACCACAAGGAGUUCAAAACAAGGGUGAAAGAAUAUGCUCGCAAUAAGAACAUCCACUACUACUUCAUGUCUUUAAAGAAUAAUGAGAUCAUUGAUGCAACGCUGAAGGGUAAUUGCUCUCGGUUUAUGAACCAUAGCUGUGAGCCCAACUGUGAAACUCAAAAGUGGACUGUCAAUGGCCAGCUCAGAGUUGGGUUCUUCACCACCAAGGCUGUCACUGCAGGAACUGAACUGACAUUUGAUUACCAGUUCCAGAGAUACGGCAAAGAAGCACAGAAAUGCUUUUGUGGAGCACCCAGCUGCAGAGGCUUCCUGGGUGGAGAGAACAGAGUUAGUGUUCGGGCAGCUGGAGGGAAGAUGAAGAAAGACCGCAGUCGAAAGAGCGCUCUCACCACGGUUGAUGAAGAGCUUGAGGCGUUACUGGAGAAUGGAGAAGGCCUGUAUGAUGAGAAACAGGUGGUGUGUCUCUGCAGACUAAUGGUUCGAGUGGAAACCAUGGAGCAGAAACUCAUCUGCCUCAAGCUCAUACAAGAUACCCAAAAUCCAUCAUGCCUGAAGCAGUUUCUGGACCAUCACGGAUUGUCUUUGCUGUGGAUCUUCAUGGUGGAGCUUUCUGAAGCUAAAGGCAACAGUGCUAAUAACAUCAAACUGCAGUUAGAGAUUAUGAAGACCUUGGCUGUGCUGCCGAUCUCUACAAAGAACAUGUUGGAGGAGAGCAGAGUCCUGACCUUCAUUCAGCGAUGGGCCCAGACAAAAACUCUCCCUCAGCCUGCUGAGAUGGAUGGCUACUCCAGUGAAAACACCUCCCGUGCUCAAACACCCCUCAACACUCCUGAUGGUUCCUCCACCAAACUGGGACCAGAAUUAGAUGGCGACACUUCCAAACCUGCUGUAUACCGCCGCCUUAAAAUCAUCAGUGAAAACAGUCUGGACAGCGCACUCUCUGACGCCAGCAAAGCAUCUGAUGGGAAGGAGGAAGAGGAGGAGGACGAUGAUGAGGAAGAAGAUGAAUCCUCCAAUGCAGGACUUCCUGAUGGCAAACAGCUGAAGGCAGAACCAGUGGGUGAAGCUGCAAAUCCAACGAAAGAAACAAUGGACGAGUCAUUGAAAGAGGAGAAACAGGAAGAGACUGAGACAAACUCACAAACUGAGGAGGAGGUAAAAGAAAAAAUUGAGUUGGAUUUGGAGCCAGAAAUUGAGAUGAAAGAGGAAGCGAGUGAGGCUCAGACAGUUGAACUUGAGGGGCCAAAAGAGCCAAGUGAAGAACAGGAGACUAUGGAGGAGCAGCCCAGUCAGGCAGUGACAGAAAAGGCUGAAGUUGAAGAGGACCAGCCCACCGUUGAAGUUCUCGAGCCAGAGAGUCAGCCCAUCCAAAAGGAUGUGGCUGAUCUUCCAACUGAGCAGCCGUCAGAGAAUAUGGAAGCUCAGGUAGAGACACAAGAGGCAGAGAAACCUCCUUCUGGUAGUGAGGAGCAAGCUAGUGAAUCUAACGCUGAUGCCGCACCGAGCUCUGAGCCCCCAGAGGCUAGUAUGUCCUCUGAUGUCAUAGUCACACCUGUGGACCCAUCAGUGAUAGGAACUCCUUCUCAGGAUGAAGAAGAAGGUGUCUCAGAUGUGGAGAGUGAGAGGAGUCAGGAACCACAACUCAGCGCUUUGGAUAUUAGUGGCAUGGCCGCCAGGCUUCUGGAGAGCUGGAAGGAUCUAAAGGAGGUGUACAGGAUACCCAAAAAGAGUCAGGUGGAAAAAGAGGGAAAUGAUCGCAGCCGAGAUCGAGACACAGCUCUGACGCCACGCACCCCUUCCGGUAGCCGAGAACGUGAAAGGGACCGAGAGAAGGAGAGGGAACGCGACAGAGACCGAGAUUAUGACAGAGACAGAGAUCGAGACUGGGACAGGGAGAGGGAUAGGGACCGAGACCGAGACCGAGACAGAGACAGAGAUCGAGAUCGCGACCGGGACCGCGAUCGAGUCUCUGACAAAACUCCACGCAGCACAGAGAGAAGAAGGAGACGCUCCACUUCACCUCCAUCAUCCUACGAGAGGAGCAGCCGGCGAACCGAGGAACGGUUUGACCUAUCUAACAACAACAAAACACCACGAGGAGGUGGUGCCAAGGAGCGCAACAAGCUGUCCACGGAGGAGCGCAGAAAGCUGUUUGAGCAGGAGGUCGCUCAACGGGAAGCCCAGAAACAACAACAGCUUCAACAGCAGCAGCAGCAGCAGCUUCAAACUAUGGCUUAUGACCCUGCUCUGGCCUAUGCCUCCAGCCCUGGCUUCAUCACAUACCCUCCAGGAUAUCCCAUCCAGACCUUUGUUGAUCCCUCCAACCCGAACGCAGGAAAAGUACUGCUACCUACCCCUUCAGUUGAGCCCACUCUAACUUAUGAACAGACACCUCCUCAGCGUCUUAUUUCAGAUAUGGGACUGACCUCUCCAUCCUCCACUUCUCAGGCCACUCCAGUCUCAAAUCUCUCUCAGCACAUCACCACCACCAAUCUCGCCACUGGCAACCCUCCGCAGUAUGCACAGCCAACUGUAGCAACCCAGGACACAGGCGUAGCUGUCCUCUCUGUACCAGCCCAAACGGCCCCUCAGGUACAGAGCCAGCAGAGCUACACCACCCUCUGGGAUCCCACUACGCAGCAGGCAGUGACUGUACAGACACAACCUGCACAGCAGUAUGCCGCAGCCCCAGCACAGGCUCAGACACAGACGGCCAUUUAUUACCAGGGCCAGCCAUGCCAAGCCAUCUACAGCAUCCCCACCGCCUACCCUCAGGCCAACACUCCUGUAAUACAGACGUACACUGAACCCACAGCCAGCUACCUGCAUGGUCAGCCUGUGUAUCCUGGUCAUCAGCAGGGGGUGGUGGUGCAGCAGGGAGGCACAGUCACCACCAUUGUCACAUCUCAAACUGUCCAACAGGAAAUGAUUGUACCCAACAAUGUGAUAGACCUGCCUCCUCCCUCUCCCCCCAAGCCCAAAACUAUCGUCCUACCUCCCAACUGGAAAGUGGCUCGGGACCCUGAAGGCAAGAUCUACUACUACCAUAUCGUCACAAGGCAAACACAGUGGGACCCUCCAACCUGGGAAGGAAGUAGUGACAACACUAGUGUGGACCAUGAAUCGGAGAUGGACCUGGGAACACCCACCUAUGACGAGAAUCCUUCCAAGUUCUCCACAAAGACAGCUGAAGCAGACACUUCCAGUGAACUGGCUAAAAAGAGUAAAGAGACAUUUCGCAAAGAGAUGUCCCAGUUCAUAGUGCAAUGUCUAAAUCCUUACCGGAAGCCAGACUGCAAACUUGGGCGCAUCAGCAACACAGAAGACUUCAAACACCUGGCCAGAAAGCUAACUCAUGGAGUUAUGAAUAAGGAGUUGAAAGCUUGCACCAAUCCUGAGGACCUUGAGUGUAACGAGAAUGUGAAGCACAAGACCAAGGAGUACAUCAAGAAGUACAUGCAGAGAUUCGGCUCCGUGUACAGGCCCAAGGAGGACACAGAGGUGUAUUAGCCUCCGAGGCCGUAGAUGUUACACUUGCUCUGCGCGACCACAGGAGAAGCACAGAUUUGCCUUUCCAUUCACUCCUUCAUGUACUGGCCAGCCUGAAACCGUGAAAGAGUAGUUUCUUACAUAUAUUUAUGACUAAGAAUUGCACUGCAGCCCAAGAAGCUCUCCAGGCUCUGUGGAUCGCCGGUGGAGCCACAUUCUGGAGACUGUCCGAGACUUUGAGUGUCGCUGAAUGACCCAAAACUCCAGGUGCAGUGGGUGCUGUGUUUUUGAAGGAUGACGCGAUGAGGGGUGCUACAGAGACUUAAUGUUUUCACUGACUGUUUGAUUUUAAGCAUUUAGUUUUUUGUUUUGUUUUUUCAUUUGUGGCUCUUAAAUGUUCCCGAGAUGAUCACCUCAAUUCCACUUUUUAAACUCUUCUAGUCCUGAGUGAGGAUUACUCAACGGAAUCAGCUUUUGGUAUCAUAUUUAUCAAAGUUUCUUUGUUACUUUCCACUGUUAAAAACGGAUCAAUGACAAAACAGUCCAGUCCAGUCAUCCCCCUCCAACCACCCGCUUCCUUUUUCUUGUGCACGCUUCAACCCCCUGCCACUGACUCUGUAUCUGGUGCUGCUUUUAACUGGGCUGUGGAGGUCCAAGCUUCCACUCCUCAAACCCUGCCUUCUUAACCACAAGACUUUGGAGCCUCUGUUGUUUUAUGAAUGCAUGAUGUAGGCUGAGGUCAGCGUGGUAUCCUUAUGGAAAUUCCUCCAUUUUCCAUGUCUCCUGCUUCAAGUAAUAUGCCCUCACCGGGAUGAGCUUUUACUCACAAAUACACUUAUGGAUCAACCAAGAACCAGCAGGUUGGCAAUGGGGUUAGUGAUCAAUAUUUCCAUGUCUUUUAUCGAUUUAUAUAUAAUAACGGGAGCAGGGUUUGAAUGUUAUGUUUGAUGUGCUGUUUAGCUGUGUAUCAAUUUUUCCCCCAUUUCCUGUCCAACCCCUACCACAACUUGUUCUGGCCCGUUUCCUCUUCUAGCAGGAAUAAUGCUGAAAAUGAAGGUUGUAGCAUUGCAGUUUUAACAGUUUCUAAAACAUCUUGUGUGUUCUGGUUCUUCGAUCAUUUAUAUGUCCUAGUGAGACUUUAGAGACACUUAGGUUGGCCUUGCUCUGUCACCCAGUUUCCAAGAUUUUUACAGUCGUCAAGGUAGUUUCAUUAGCAUAGUUUGUUGAAGUAUAUUAAAUUGCAUUAAAACACAGUUCCAACAUAUGUACAUUGAUUUAUAUGUGAAUAUAUUGAAUAAUAGUUUUGGGAAUGUUUAAAUAAGCAGACACUUUGUUAAAAGACUAUCAUUUCAUGAUUGAAAGUGUAAAUAAUGUGUAAAAUUACCAAAGCUGUAUGCAGGAGAGAAGGGUCGGGGAGCACAGUGAGCCCACCCAUCCUCACCAGCUCAGCCCUCCUGAUGCAGUUCCCACAUCAGUCUUGUCAAACAUAGGACUCUGCUGACUCACAGCCCUAUAUUUUAUUUCAGUGGUGGGGGAGAUUUUCAUGCGUUUUCUUUUUUUUUGUUUUUGUUAUUAUUUUUCUAUGUACAAAAGUAAGUUUAACCCUACUCUACUGUAAGUAUUGUGUAAGCACAUUGUCAUACCGAGUGUACAAACAUUUUAAAAGAUAAUAAACUUUUUUUGUAAAAUUACA